AUGCGUACUAUAACAUGUUAACCCGAGUGGCGCCUAAGCAUUGUGGGAUUGGAUGAGUCUCAAGAUGGACAACCGGGAUGUUGCAGGAAAGGCCAACCGGUGGUUUGGGGUGGCUCCCCCGAAGUCUGGAAAGAUGAACAUGAACAUCCUUCACCAGGAAGAGCUCAUUGCUCAGAAGAAACGGGAAAUUGAAGCCAAAAUGGAACAGAAAGCCAAGCAGAAUCAGGUGGCCAGCCCUCAGCCCCCACACCCUGGCGAAAUUGGAAACGUACACAACUCCUGUAUCUCCAACAAGUUUGCCAAUGACGGUAGCUUCUUGCAGCAGUUUUUGAAAUUGCAGAAGGCACAGACCAGCACAGAUCCGCCCCCCAGCACCGCCCCCAGCACACCUGCCCCCAGUGCCAGCGCUGGGAAGAGGCCCCUCCUGCUCAGCAAGCGGGGGAGCCUGGGGCUGGGCAGCCCCCUGGGCCAGGUGAAGAACUACUCACACGCCAAGCAGCUGCCUGUGGCACAGCGCCCGAGCGUCUUCCAGGGCCCCGAUGAGGAUGAGGAGGAAGACUACGAGCAGUGGCUGGAGAUCAAAGUUUCACCCCCAGAGGGAGCCGAGACUCGGAAAGUGAUAGAGAAAUUGGCCCGCUUUGUGGCAGAAGGAGGCCCCGAGUUAGAGAAAGUAGCUGUGGAGGACCACAAGGAUAACCCGGCGUUUGCGUUUUUGCACGAUAAGAAUAGCAGAGAAUUCCUCUACUACAGAAAGAAGGUGGCUGAGAUAAGAAAGGAAGCACAGAAGUCACAGGCAGCCCCGCAGAAAGUUUCACCCCCAGAGGAUGAAGAGGUCAAGAACCUUGCAGAAAAGCUGGCCAGGUUCAUAGCGGAUGGGGGCCCCGAGGUGGAAACCAUCGCCCUCCAGAACAACCGCGAGAACCAGGCCUUCAGCUUUCUGUACGAACCCAACAGCCACGGGUACAGAUACUACCGGCAGAAGCUGGAGGAGUUCCGCCGAGCCAAGGCUGGCUCCCCCAGCGCCCUCACAGCCCCCGACCUUGGCCCGAAGCGCAAGUCCCCUCCCGACGCCCCAGUGGAGCCCUUGCCCCCUGCCACCACCUGCCCAGCUUCCACNNNNCCCACGCCUGCGAUGCCCCCCGCCCCGGCUGUCACGGGGAAGCCAGCCUCGGCCUCCGCUUCCCCCUCUGCCUCCGCCUCCGCCUCCACUUCCGCCUCCACUGCCACUGCCAAGCGGAAGCGUAAGAGCCGGUGGGGCCCCGAAGAGGACAAGGUGGAGCUGCCGCCCGCUGAGCUGGUGCAGAAGGACGUGGAUGCCUCUCCCACACCCCUGUCAGUGCAGGACCUCAAGGGGCUUGGCUACGAGAAGGGGAAGCCCGUGGGCCUGGUGGGCGUCACAGAGCUGUCGGACGCCCAGAAGAAGCAGCUGAAGGAGCAGCAGGAGAUGCAGCAGAUGUACGACAUGAUCAUGCAGCACAAGCGCGCCGCGCAGGACAUGCAGCUGCUGUGGGAGAAGGCGCUGCAGCAGCACCAGCACGGCUACGACAGCGACGAGGAGCUGGACAGCGAGCUGGGCACCUGGGAGCACCAGCUGCGGCGCAUGGAGAUGGACAAGACGCGGGAGUGGGCCGAGCAGCUGACGAAGAUGGGCCGGGGCAAGCACUUCAUCGGGGACUUCCUGCCCCCGGACGAGCUGGAGAAGUUCAUGGAGACCUUCAAGGCCCUCAAGGAGGGACGGGAGCCCGACUACUCCGAGUACAAAGAGUUCAAGCUGACGGUGGAGAACAUCGGCUACCAGAUGCUCAUGAAGAUGGGUUGGAAGGAGGGCGAGGGGCUGGGCUCCGAGGGCCAGGGCAUCAAGAACCCGGUGAACAAGGGCACCACCGCAGUGGACGGCGCUGGCUUUGGCAUCGACCGGCCGGCCGAGCUCUCCAAGGAGGACGACGAGUAUGAGGCCUUCCGCAAGAGGAUGAUGCUGGCCUACCGCUUCCGGCCCAACCCCUUGAACAACCCCAGGCGGCCGUACUAUUGACCGGAGGACACAGCCUGCUGUCGCACGACCACCCUGGCCGCUGGAGCAUCUGGCCUGCCUUUCCGCCUGCUCCUCUGCGUCACCAGUGCUGUUCCGUGUAUUAAAGUCCCAGUGCUCACCCG